AUGUGUAAAUUGGUGCCGAACGAGCUUUUACGAUUUGUGCCGCCGCCGACGUUUCACAGCCCUGCUCCCGCACCAGCACCAUGCUGUCCACCACCAGCUCCUCCACCUGCUCCAUGCUGUCCACCUCCGUGCCCAUCUCCAUGCCCACCACCUCCUCCACCACCACCACCACCAUGCGGAGGUGGUGGUGGCGGAUGUGGAGGCGGAGGCGGAGGCGGCGGUGGCUCUUACCCAGUGGCUCCUCCAUCAUACGCAGCUCCUCCUCCUCCAUCAUAUCCUGCUCCUCCAGUUUACUCAGCUCCACCCCCACCACCACCACCACCACCACCACCA